AUGGAGGUUGUCAUGGCUGCACCACCAUCAUAUGAUCGUCUGCAAGAAGUGAAGGAAUUUGAUGAAGCCAAAAUCGGCGUCAAAGGCCUAUCAGAUUCCGGUAUAACAACCAUUCCUCGUAUCUUCAUUCAUCCACAGGAAAAAAUCUCUGACCUUAAAUCAACAUCCACAUCUUCUGGAAUUCCCAUAAUCGAUCUUUCUAACGUAAACUCGGCUGAUCAUCGGCUUAUAAUUGUUGAACAAGUUCGAGCAGCAGCAAAUACUUGGGGCUUCUUCCAAGUUAUAAACCAUUGCAUACCGUUGUCUGUUCUUGAUGAAAUAACUGCUGCUAUAAAGUCAUUCCAUGAGCAACCUCAUGAGUUGAAGGCGAAGUAUUAUGUGCGUCAAGGGCAAAGUGGAGUAACUUAUUCUAGCAACUAUGACUUGUUCCAGUCCAAAGUUGCUACAUGGCAUGACUAUGUUUCUGUCUGGAUGGCGCCUGCAGCGCCACAGAUUGAUCAAAUACCUGAUAUAUACCGCAACGAGCUGGUAGAAUGGGACAAGAACGCGGCUGAGUUGGGGAACAUUGUGGGGGAGUUAUUAGCAGAAGGAUUGGGACUGGAUUCAAGAAAGCUCAAGGAAUCAUCCCUCUUGGAGACUAGGAUAUUUGGAGGGAUGUUCUACCCGUAUUGCCCUCAACCCGACUUGACAGUGGGACUUUCGGAUCAUACUGAUCCUGGGGUCAUGACAAUUUUAUUGCCUAAUCAAGUUCCAGGAUUGCAAGUGAAGCAUGAGGAGAAAUGGGUAGAUGUAAAGCCUCUUCGAGGUGGAUUAAUCAUCAAUAUUGGUGACUUCCUCCAGAUUGUCUCCAAUGGCGAGUACAAAAGUGUGCAGCAUCGUGUUAAGGCUAAUUCGCACAAGGAACCACGGAUUUCAAUUGUUCAUUGGUUUGACGUUGGCAAUUGGGAUGAAUCCAAUCACUACGGACCACUGCCAGAGUUGAUUACACCUGAGAAACCAGCUCAGUAUCGUAUGUUCUCAAAGCAAGAAUACGUAGAGAACUUCUACAGUAAAGGACUUGAUAGUAAAUCUCUAGUAGAAAAGCUGAAACUGUGA